GGGUCACGUUGGCGGGACCGCGCGGGUGGGGCCAGCACUGGCAAGUUUCUCAGAGCGGGGGGCCCAGGCAGCCAGGACCGAGCCCUGCCCACCCGUGAGUCACGGCCCUACCUCGGGCGGGGUGUUUUUCUGGUUCCCCGUGAAACGUCCCAUUCCUGCACAUCUGUUGUGUGGCACCCAAGCCAUGCUGCUCAUCUGGUGUCCAGCCUCCAGGGCCUGGGCCUCCCGGACGAGGAUGCUGCAGCCAGAGAGCUCCCGGGUCUCCGAGGAGGGGACUGCCACUGGGUCCCGGCGCGGUGACUGCAUCAUCUGCUACUCAGCCUACGACCUGGCCGGGCACCUGCCGCGCCGCCUCUACUGCGGCCACACCUUCUGCCAGGCGUGCGUGCGGCGGCUGGACACGGUGGCCCACGAGCAGCGCUGGGUCCCCUGCCCGCAGUGCCGCCAGAGCACACCCACGCCCCGUGGAGGGGUGGCCAUGCUGGACCUCGACCUGGCCGCCUUCCUGGCUGUCAGGGCUGAGCGGGAGCCGCCUCGCAUGGAGCCCCAGCGUCCCGCGCCCCCCAAAGGCAGCACCGCUGUCACUCAGCAGCCAGCCAGGCUCCGCCCCGCCUUGGGCACCCAGCCCCACUUCCCCCAGCCCAGACGCUGCUGCAGCUGCGGCCUCUGCUGGGACACCCUGGACAGUCCCCAGGUCUGAGUCCACCGCCCGCCGAGGACCUGCUGUCCACGGCAUGCUUGUCGUGGAACCUCCGACUGCCGUGCAACCAGCCCGGAACGGCCUGGGACCCCACACGGACACCCCCAGACCGCAGCCUGAGUGUGGGGGCUGUGCCCAUGGUACCGUGAGGCUCUUUGAGAAGCCGGUUACCUCUUUCCCGUCUUGGCCAGGAUUCCAGGGCUUCAGGCCAGCCUGACUGUGUGCGUGGUGAGUGAGGGCUGCUGCGCUCAGAGUCUCCUGCAAGCCCAACCCAGGUCUGGACUCAGCUCAGAGGACGCCUCCACGGGUCUCUGGCUAAAAAAGUCCCACAGGUGGGAACCAGAGCAGAGAGCCACCUCCUUCAGCCCUGUCUUGCAAAGCAUCCCUGUGAAGUUCAUUUAUUCAACAAAGCUCACUGAGCACCCACUA